CUGGUCAACAUUUUUCAGAAAGAAAUUUCAUCAAAGCUCGGCGCAGUUGAGCGGGAAGGUUGUAUCAAGGAAAAAGAGUUGCAAGAAUUUAAGUGUCGGUUGAAAGCUCUGGAAGCACUUUUCGAGGGACAUGAGGAAAAGAAGAAUUGGAAUUUUGAGCGCUGGGAGUUAGCUCUUGCGGAACAGACCGAGCUGAAAGCUUAUUUGGAGUCCGAAUUAAGAAAAAACGAGGAGAAUUUAUCAGCAACUGAAGUGCUGGGAAACAAAGACGAAAGUGACGAUGUAGCGGAAGGGAUUCUAGCUCUAGAGCAGGACUUGUUAACAUACAUAAAUGACUACAAUGAGGAGCGAAGAAAGAUACAAGAACAAAAAUCAGAGUUGCUUCCCAGAUUGAAUGCUGCUCAGAACAAGGUUAUGAACCUUAACUCCAGUAACGCGGAAAAAGAAAAUGAACACCAAAGACUACUUUGCGAUGUGAAAAAUUUGCAAGCACAAAUUGAUGCCUUUUCGAAUCUUCACACACCUGCAAAACCAGCUACAAUGUUUGGAGUAAAGUCGCGAAGAACGAUGUCGAGUGGCCGGCAUGCUUCCCGCGGGAACGAGGAAGUGGACAGUGAAAAUAGUUCCUCUCCUUCUGGUGUUCCUUAUGUGGAGGGCUUGCAACCCUUCUCACCAGCAACUCUUUCCGUCAAGGAACAAGCAAAGAGCAAGUCGAAGAGAACAGCGAAAUGCGAAACUAUCGGCAAUGUACGCCUUUCUCGCCUGUAUCUCUACUAUUACAAAGCAGCUUUAGGCAAGAUAGACUUUCUUUCAAAACUUACCAAAUAUCAAAGCUGGGGCGUAGAAGAUUUGCUCAGCUUCUCAAUCGUUUGUUCUUAG